AUGUCGCUCCAAGACGGCGAGGCACGCAAGCGUCGGCUCCUGGAGCGCAAGCAGCUGUUGAGGGAGCAGCAAGCGAUCAACAAGCAGAUGCUCGCCAUCUUCGACGAAGAAGAUGAGCGGUCCCAGCAGGAGACCCCCUUGAGCCAGCAAGACGCCCUCGCGACUUUCGCCACGCACCCACCAAGUCGUCGCACAUCCGAAGCCAACAUGCAGACCCUUCGCCAGUAA